AUGGGUGAACGGAAGGUCUUAAACAAGUAUUUUCCACCAGAUUUUGAUCCAUCACUUGUUCCACGACGUAAGAAACCUAAAAAUGAACAGGUAGAAGUUCGUAUGAUGCUUCCUUUUUCGAUCCAAUGUGGUACCUGUGGUGAAUAUAUGUACCGUGGUAAAAAGUUUAAUUCACGCAAGGAGGAAGUACUGGAAGAGAAUUACCAUGGAAUUCGCAUAUACCGGUUUUAUAUCAAGUGUAUUACAUGUUCAUCGGAGAUAACGUUCAAGACCGACCCUAAACGUGGUGAUUACGUAGCUGAACAUGGUUGUCAACGUAAUUUUGAACCCUGGCGAGAGACUGAAGAUGAACAAGAAGCGGCCAUUGCUCAGCGUGUGGAAGAAGAGAAGGGCGAUGCGAUGAAAGCACUGGAAAACCGUACACUUGACUCCAAGCGAGAGAUGGAUAUUUUGGAUGCAUUAGAUGAGAUAAAAGCCAUCAAUCAGCGUCAUGCGAAGGUGGACACGGAUAAACUUUUGCAGCAACAUGCAGAUGUGGGGAAAAUCAGUAAGGAAGAGCAAGAAAAGCAGUUUGAACAAGACCGACAGGAAGCACAUCGUGUGUUUGAACAAAAGCGGAAAUUGCAGCUCAAAAAAAGCGAACGCAAACGACCAGUUGGCGACGGUAAUGAAGACACGAAGGUUAAUGAUGUGUCGUUAGCAGCACUUGCCAGAGCUUGUUCGACGAAGACUCCAUCGCUAAUGGUAGCCGUGACGAUCAAGAAAAAGACAGGUUUAGACACAACAAAGAAGAAGAAGAACAAGACAAAGCUGUCGACGCAACCUAUUGCAAGCUUAGUAGCAGGAUAUAGUGAUAGUAGCAACGAAUAA